UGAAGUUUUUAAGCUUUGUUGUUGUCUGUGAAAAUUUUCCCGAUUAUUUAUAAUCAAUGAUGAACGAAACAAAUCAUUGCUGGAUUUGUUGCAAAUUUGAUGAUCAAGAGGGCAUGUUUCUGUUAUCCUAUCCAGUUUUCCAAGGAAGAACAGGAGCUCAAAUAAUUCAAGAUUGUUUUGGACUAGCGUUAUCAGAAAGUGAGGAAGGAAGUUUUUACUGUACUUGUUGCAAAAAGGAUAUAAUAUCAGCGUUGACCCUAGUCAAAAGAAUACGCGAAUCUAUACAUAGAUUAAAGUCUAUUUCGUUGAUCUCUGAACAAACGCCGAAGGUGGAAAUAAUAGAACCAACGGAUAGAACAAUCGUAUCAGUUUUUAUUGACGAAACAGAAAUCAAGACUGAGGAAGAAAAUUCUGAAUUGGGCAACGACAGCACUAGAACAAGAUAUUCACCAGAUUUGUUAUCGGAAUUUUCCAAAAAAAGGGGUCGAGUACGGAAGCAUAAUUUGAUAGACGUUGUUCCAGUUAUCUCAAAGGUACUUGAUAAUGAGUCUAAUCCAACAAAGGAGUACAAAAACGUGGAAAAGUUGAGAAAAUUAAGUACCCAUUCAAUUCGGUCAGAUGAAGGAAUUUCUGCAUCGUCGAGUGACUCCGAUGACACAGAUACCGAAGCUGAUGGCAACUUGCACGGCGACUCUGACGAAUGCCAAGAGAAAAAACGACUCUAUUACGGUGUCAAAUCAAACUCUCAGCCUAAACGAUGUUGCGGUUGUAAAAAUUUGCCUCUGGAUACGCCGGAGAAGGUUAAGGAACAUUCUGUCAAAUAUCAUUCCAAAAUGCGCAUGGUAAACCCAAAGGAUUAUCAAGAAAAAAUAUUCGAAUGCUCGGUGUGCUUCACGCGAUUUGAAACCAAAAAAUUAUAUCUCCAGCAUCAGCGAAAAAUGUACGUUGAUAUGUUACAUCCGUGUAAACAGUGUGAUGAGGAGUUUGCCAACUUUUAUGUUCUUCAAAAGCAUAUGAAAAACGAUCAUCAACGGAGGCUUAAGAUUCAUGAACUGGAGGAGAUGCGUAUAAAAAGCAAUAUUUGCUGCGGUUGCCGUAUUAAGUUUGGAUCUCAGGAUGAAUUGAAAGAGCAUGCGAGUAUUGUGCAUCUGCCACAACGAGAACAAAAUUUUAACAAAAAUACUGUUGAGUGCGAUGUGUGCUACAAAAGCUAUAAAUCUGCCAAAUAUCUUAAAGAUCAUAGAUUGAGAUUCUUUAAGAAGAAAAAUCUUAUUUGUUCUCAAUGUGGUCGUAGUUUUCGGGAGCGAUCGCAGCUGGAGGGGCAUGAAGAUUCUCAUCGUAAUGUCCGAAAAUACGAAUGUCCAAUAUGCCAAGCCAAGUUUUCCAUGAAGGCAUCCUGGCAGGUCCACGUAAAAUACCACGGAGCCCAGGAAAACUUUCAUUGUGAGUACUGUGGUAAAGGCUUUCGGAAGAAAGGCCUUAUGAAGGCCCAUUUGCGAAUUCAUUCCACGGAUAGGCCACACAAAUGCCCUAUGUGUCCGUUGACCUUCACACAGAAGAACAGACUUAAUUCACACAUCCUUGAACAUUCUGGUCUCAAAUCAUUCAAGUGUGAUCGAUGCUCUGCCUCGUACGUCCAUCAGCGAGCUUUAAGAAGGCAUGUUCGCGACAAACACGAGGGAAUACAAAGCUUCAAAUGUAAUAUUUGCCCCAAAGGAUUUAUCGAGCAGAAACCGCUUUUGAUACACUUAAAAACACAUGAACGUAGCAGUGAGGCGACUUUUUCAAAAAGUUAAUAGGCAGUAUUAUUAGUGGAUGUAUUAUUAGCACUUAGGAUAAAAAACAUGAAUAUCAGUAAUAAAAUCAGCC